UUAGUGCUCUUUGAAAGACCACCUUCUUUAAUUUCCAGUGAUUUGUUGUGCUCACUGUAUACAUUCAGCUUAUAGAAAUCUAUGGCAGGUGUAACACUAAUUGCUGCUACAAUAUUUGGAAUUUUGGUGGCUAUAGUUUGUGUCAAAUUUCUGUAUAAAAUAUGGUGGUGGCCAAAAAUGAUGGAGAAGAAGCUGAAAAAGCAAGGAAUACAUGGCCAUCCCUAUAAGUUUCUCUUUGGAAAUCUUAUAGAGAUGAUGAGAAUGUCUAAAGAAGCUAAGUCAAAACCCCUCUCUUUAACCCAUGAUAUUAUGCCUUGGCUUAAUCCUUUUCUUCAACAUCUUGCUAACAAUCACAGGAAAAUUUUUGUGAUGUGGGCUGGACCGACACCUCGAAUUACAGUUACGGAUCCGAAGCUAAUUCGAGAAUUAUUGAACAAACAUCAAGAAUUCCACAAGCCUGAAGCUAAUGCCUUCAUUGAGAUGUUUGUGACUGGACUUGCAGGUUACAAUGGAGAAAAAUGGGCCACCCAUAGAAAGAUAGUAACUCCUGCUUUUCAUAUUGAGAAGAUAAAGAGGAUGUUUUCAUCAGCAUUUGGUGCAUGUGUUGAGGAAAUGAUAAUCAGAUGGGAGGAAUUGGUUAGCAAAACAGAGACUUGUGAGUUGGAUGUGGAAAGAGAGUUUAUGUUCUUAGGUGGAGAUGUUAUAUCAAGAGCCGCCUUUGGUAGCAAUAUUGAAGAAGGAAGGUCAAUUUUCCUACUUCAGAAGGAGCAAUGUGAGCUUAUCUUGGCUUCCCCAUUCACCCUUUUCUUUCCCUGGCUAAGAUUUCUUCCAACAGCAUCAAAUAGAAAAGCAAGGGACAACUAUAAGAAAGUUAGAGGUAUGAUAAGAGGAAUAAUAAAGAAGCGAGAAGACGCCGAACGAUCAGGAAUUACCAUGGAAGACAAUGAUGAUAUCUUAGGCUUACUCUUAAAAUCAAGAAAUGAAGAGAAAAACAAGUCUAAAGCAGGACUAACGACAGACGAUGUGAUCGAAGAAUGCAAAGAAUUCUACCUUGCAGGUCAAGAUACAACCUCAGCUUUGCUCACUUGGACACUGGUAGCCUUGAGCAUGCACCCUGAAUGGCAAGACAAAGCUAGGAAAGAAGUUCUUCGUGUCAUUGGGAAAAAUAAACCAAAAUUCGAUGACUUAAAUCAGCUUAGAAUAAUGACGAUGAUCUUCCAAGAGGUGUUGAGAUUGUAUCCAGCACUGCUGCUUUAUCGGAGCACGUCAAAGAGCUGCAAGUUGGGAGACAUGACAAUUCCAGCAGGAGUACAAGUAUUUGUGCCUACACAUCUGGUUCAUCGCGAUUGCGAAGUGUGGGGAAAUAAUGCAUUGCUAUUCAAUCCAGAGAGGUUCUCAGAAGGGGUUUCAAAAGCAGCAGGAAAAGAGCAUCAGUUAUAUAUUCCCUUUGGUUGGGGUGCCCGGAUGUGCAUAGGGUUGAACUUUGGCAUGUUAGAAGCCAAGCUCGCUUUAUCUCGAAUUCUGCAGCUCUUUUGGUUUGAGCUUUCUCCUUCCUACACUCAUGCUCCUCACUGUACUCUUAUUCUUAAACCUCAGUAUGGUGCCCACAUAAUCUUGCACAAACUUUGAUCCUUCAAUCGGGCGGGGUUGUAAUUGUCAUUUCUAAUAAGGUUGAUCAGAAGUAUUUUGCUAUUUAUGCAUUUCAGAACACUACCAUUUUGGAUGUCAUGAGAGCUUGUUGGAAUAAACGCUUUGUAUUUGUAGUAAAGAGUAUCUGAAAUA